AGGGAUCCGAUGCUGAAAAUGGCCAGCUCGGAAGACAUCUUCUCCGGCAAAGAAGACGAUAACACAUCUUCUGAUGCAUCAAACGAACAACAUAAAUUUAAAGAUCCACUAAUUAGCGGUCUCGACCCAAGUGACGACGGAGAGAUGGAGAGUCUUAGUUUAGAUGCCUCUGGAAAAUCUGACCUGAGUGUGUCACGUAGCUCAAGUCUGAUUGCCAACUUGAGUCGCUAUGAUGAUGAGCUGGACGAUGAAACCCGUGACCUUUUUGUGGUGGUGGAUGACCCAGAGAAGCAUACAAGUACAAUGGAAGCAUAUGUCACGUUUAGAAUUAAUAUGAAGACCACCAGGAGUGAGUUUGAUGACAGCGAGUACUCAGUGAGGCGAAGGUAUAAUGAUUUCCUGUGGCUAAGACAACGGCUAGAAGAAGGCUACCCUACACACCUUGUACCUCCAUUGCCAGAAAAACACAGUCUACGCCGUUUAGACAGAUUCAGCCAAGAAUUUUUACGAGUGCGACAGUCAGCUCUACAAAAAUUUCUGACGAGGAUCGCCGAUCACCCAGUGUUGUCCUUUGAUACAAACUUGCAUGUAUUUCUCACUGCCAAAGCCUGGGAGUUCCAAGCACACAAGAAGCAGGGGUCUGGUAUCCUAAGUCGCGUGUCUGACUCCAUACAUAACAUCAGCGCUGCCUACAUGAUGAAGAACCGCUCUCCAGAGUUUACCAUGAUGCAUGAAUAUGUGCAGUCCUUCGCUGAUAAGCUGGGGGUCCUGGACCGGAUAUCACAAAGGGUGUCAAAGGAACAAGGAGAAUAUUUGUUGGAGAUGAAGGAUUGGGGACCCAUCUAUACGCUAUGGGCGAACUCUGAGGACAACCUCACCACCUCCCUACUGGCCAUGUCUAAGGCCGUCGAUGCCAGCGGUGAUGCUCUGAAGGACACUAUUGAGCAGACAGAAGCAAACUUCUCCCAGCCUCUGAAAGAGUACACACUUUACUGUGAUGCCAUUAGGGCUGUUUUACGACGUAGAGACGCGAUCCAGAUGGAAUAUGAUAUGACAAUAGAAGAGCUGAGCAAGAAAAAGGAUGACCGAGAACAAGUAAAGAUAUCGGACCAAACCUAUUCCAUUGGGGCUUUCCUGGGAAAGGAUCCUGAAGAUGUGAAACAGCAAAAACAGGAUAAAUUAGAACAACAAAUUGGAGAUCUCACUAAGCAGAUGGAAUCAUUAAAUGAUAAAACAGCUUGUGCCGACGCAGACCUUAGGGUGGACAUGGAACGGUGGCACAAGAACAAGCAGCGCGAUCUCAAGGAACUCUUCAUCAACCUAGCAGACAGGCAAAUAGCAUACUAUGAAAGGUCGCUAUCCUGUUGGGAAGAAGCUAUCUGUGCAAUUCAGGAAAAGAAUUUGUUUGCUCCCAGGGAGAAAUCAAACACUGAUACAUGUGAAGAAAUUGAGAAAAAUGAAGAGAACAAGGAAGAAACAGAUUGAUGACAUUAGUACAGUUGCCUACCCUCUGUGUCAGGAUAUAACUAUAGCAACCAAUAGCUGUAUGUUUUACAAUGGUUAGGACCAGAACUAACCAGAAAGUACUGGAAAGAUGUUACAGUGUAUCUCCUAACAAUGGUGUACUAUAACAAGUGUGUACUAUAACAAGUGUGUACUAUAACAAGUGUGUAGCGUGAGGGUCGUACACAUGCAGACCAAAGCUUCAGUGAUGUAUAUGUGGGUUGUCUUUUGACCCAAUAUUUUUAGGAAACAUUGUCACACCUGACAAGUGUCUAUGAUAAUAUUUCCUGCUGUGCAGUUAUAUUGUUUUGUCCAACUUCAAUUUAUCAUACGUCACACACAUUCAAUGCAGUUGUUACUCUAUUAUUAAGCAGCAGUUUUGGUUUCAAUAUUUCAUUGAGAAUGAUGUAUACAUUUGUAUGUACCAUCUAUGCCUUGUAUUCAUGGAUUUACUAAAACAUCAUCACUUGGCGAAGUUUAACUGUUUUUAUGAAAGAAAUUGGCAACGAACAAACAGUUUAUAUACAAAGCGCUUUGAUUUAAAACAGAAACGUCAUACUUCUGAAAAUAUUAUCAAAUAAGUGAAUUUAAUGCUGGAAAAAUAUUUGGAUUGAAUCGAUCAGUACUCUAUUACCUUUGUAAGUAUGAUAGUCAACACCAUACAUGGAUCUAAAACAGUUUGUUAUCGUUUGUUUGAGCUUUGUAUCCUUGUCUACAUUACUCCUGAGUAUGGUUGUGUUCACUGCUCCAUCAAUACUAAAGCUACCGUAAUCGUCAAGCACUCCAUUCUCAGAAUUUUGUUAUAAUUUUUCAUAGCUGUUAUACUGUUGUAAUCAGAGGCAUGCAUUGUAUACAAGACAUUUUAUUGCAAAACCAAAUUGUCCCCAUUGGUCUAUAAUACAUAAUUGCCACAUGCUGAAGUUGCUUGACCACUUUUUAAAACAACAAUACUACAUUUGUAUAUAUUUGAAAUAUUUCCAUGAAUUUUCCAGGAUGAAAGUAAACAUUUACUGUUUCAUAUUAUAGUAAGGAAGUGAUACAUCCAGUCAUUCAGAUAUUGUCAGCAACUUUGAAAUUUUUAAAUAAAAAUAUUGUUUGGAAAUUUGAAGCAUGUAAAAUUGAAAUAUAUGAAAUAUAAGAGGCGAGCCUCCUGCUAUAUAGCCACUGUCUACAAUUUAUUCUGAGCAAUGGAAUAAACCAUAAUAAACAUUCUCAAUUUCUGACUUCAUUUUAGUGAAGGAAAAGUACUGAUGUUGAUAGGGAUUAUUGUGUGUUCUGUAUUUGUCAUUUAUUUACAUUUUAAUUGCAUUAUUUAAAAAAAUUAUUUGAGAAAUACUCAUGAUGCUUGAAGUAUAUGGGAACGGUUGUGAGAUGAAAUGUACAUCAGUUCAAUAUUGAUUUUUUUUUAUAAUUAUAUCACAGUUAUUUGUUUCAAAUUAUGAUGGUUAACGGGAAACAUCUGCUGUUUAUCAAAAGAGUGUUAAUGAAGGCUCUGUAGAUGCACUGACCCUAUAUUUGACUUUUAGACAGGUUGUUGGUAAAUGUAUGUACGGAAACGAUGAAUAACACCUACCAAAAGGGAGAUUACUGCCAUGUGUUUGACAUGUACGAAAACGAUGAAUAACACAUACCUAAAGGGAGAUAACUGCCAUAUGUUUUGUGUUUCUGCUGUGUGCAUAGAAAGUUUAUGUUUAUAAAUAACUAUCUUGACCAAUGUUGUCUCACUUCUUUACAAAGUGUGUUUUGAUAUCACACAAGUAGGCUGUUCACGUUCGUAUAAUUGUAGGUUUUGUUGCACAGCUGAUUAUAAUGUACACAGCUACAACAAUUUAUGUUUUUACAUGUCUUAUUGUGAUGAAAUAUAUCGAAAUAGAAAAAAAAACAAUGGUUCAAAGGGACUAUCAGUAAAUCAAAAAAUAAGAGUGUACCUCAUGGGUGACACUUGAUUUAUUAUGAAUUGUAAGCAUGUGAUGCAGACGAGAACUUGAAAUGAAGGACUCCUAGUUAUGAUAAAACACUCAUCAAUAUAUAUGUUCAGUGUUGUCCCAUUAAUGUGUUUUGUGCAUUCAAGAUCUCACUGAAUGUAAAUGACAACCUUAAGGACGUCACAUUGACCGCCUCUUUUUGACGCUAAUAGGGUUAGUAAUUCCAUCUGAAGACCAGGAAAAAAGCAGGCCUUUGCUGUGAUAAAAGGCCUUGCAAUUUAAAUUCCAGAACAUCCUUAUAACAGUUAUUAAUGUGACAUGCUAACUGUUUCUCUGUAUCGGUUUAAAACAUUGGAGAUGUUUGUAACAUUAACUGUCUCACAUACAUUGUAGGACACCAAUCACGUAGUACACUGUUUAUCAUCAUUUGCCAAAUACAUGUAGACUUAAGAUGUAUAUGUAAGUGUGUAACCUAUUUUGUUAAUUUAUACAUUGAUGGUAUGUGAUUAAGAGAUGCCCCAUUUUUCCUUGCUUUUAUUUUAGGGAAUAGUUAUAAGCAAAAUGAGCAUGUGACUGUACAGUUUGUAAGUAUUUUUGAGUUGAAUGAUACAGAACUUACUAAGUUUUACCCUUGUGGGCGGCAAUAUAACAAAGUUAACUGGUUAUCAAUUGAUCUCAUUUACAUGCAGUUGGUCCUCUUUAAUCUGGACAGGAAAGGGAUUCCAAAGUCGUACACUUAGUUCUGUAUACUGUGUAUUGGGAAAAUUUCUCAGCAGUUUAACAUUGCCUUUUAUACCCUCCAUAAUGAGGGCGAAUUUAUCACGACGGUGAAAAUUAGCAAACAACAUACCACACAAAGAAAUAAUAUGUAAAGGGAAAAAAUAACACUGCACGAAAACAGAUUAAAACUAAAUAAGACUAUAUCCUGACAUGAAUGUUUCACAGAACUUUUUCCAAAUAUUGAUAAAUGCAUUUGUAAUUCCGGAACAGUUUAGCAAAGAUGAAAGUGCCCGGGCUAAAGAGGUUCAAAAAUAAUAUAAAAUCAUGUAAUUCAUAACGCAAAUAUAUUGUUUGAUGCAGAAAGUUUGCAUCAAAGUUGCUUGGUAUUAUGUAAAGGGCCACGCCCAUGUAGACAGUAUUAGUGGAUUUGUGCAAUUUUUGUUGAAACACAUGCUAUACCCAGAUUUUGUGUUCAAAAUGUUUUUAAACUUAGAUAAUCUGUGGUAUAAAGUAAUGAGAGAAAUUUGUAUGGAAACAUGUUGAUACAUAUAUCAAAGAAUGGUGUUGUUCGUUUUAAUAGUUGAUGAGAGAUUUAAAAGUACGUUAUUGUGGUGUCAAAUAGAGAAAUUGUUUAAGUCUAUAAAUUUUAAAGUUCCCCCAAAUGUUAAGAUUUUCAUCUGGAGACAGCAGUGAUUUUUGUCAGAUUUUUAUCAGGCGAGUCAACAACAUUAUUUUCAAAAUGUUGACUAGUCCCAUUACACUGCGGAAUAUAGUUUGUUUAGAUAAUGUAGGCGAGUCCCAAAGGAACGGCCCGAGUCAAGGACCCCUGAUAUCUGUGUCUCAAAUAUCACUGCUGUCAGUACCAGGUUAGGUGGCAUUACCUUACCACUUUGUCCAAGUGUAAGCAAAUCAAAUAUACAUGUUCUUACUAGUUUUCCGUUGUCAAGAUUUUAUGGUACUUGAAUUUUCUGCACACUGCCUGCAUCAAAGGAGGUAAUAUUUAGUAUUUUAUAAAAGUAUUACCAGUUAGUCUACUCCGGUUGAUUGCCAACAGGUUUUACACUAAGAACGACUCGUGUAAUGAAGAGCAGUUAUGUAUGUACAGAUGCACUGAUCACUGUAUGGUCUAGAUACUAGAUACCCAGGUGUACCACUGGAGAUGGCACUCUGACCCACCCAACUAGCUUAUAUUGUGCCUGACAAAACAGAACCAGAAAGCCAGCUAAAGGCAUUUUUAGAAGUAAAAGUGUUAUAGUCUGAGGGACAUACACAUGAAAUUAUGGUACUUUAUUCAAAUAUGGUUUCUCUACUUGUCAUAGUUUAUAGUUGGAAACUGAAUCAGUUUAAAGUUUGGAACUGAAUCUAUCCUAUGAUUCUUGUAUCUUGUCACUCAUAAAUGAUGCAUUAAGUAUAAGAUUGAUUGGGUGUCUUAUAUCCAUCUUAUAACCAUCUUAUAUUGUGAUUUUUUUUUCAGUUGAUAAAAUAUAUCCUUGAGGAAAAUGAAAAUUGUUUUACAAAUCGGUCCAAAUGAUCGAAUAUUUGAUUACCUAGCAAUGAGACGGGGAAAGCAAUAAAAUGUUUAUUUUUUUAUUUUGAAGAAAUGAGGUAUAAAUCAAACAGUAAAAGUACUUAUUUUAACACUCAAGUUUUGGCAUUUUAUUGAAUUUGAACUGACAAGUGCAUUAAUGAAUCAGCACACUCAAACAAUGUGCAAUAGAAAAAUAUAUACA